GGUCCAGCGCGAUCUUGCGUUCCCCAGGCCGCCGGGUCCUUGUCGCAGGCACUGGGGCGGCAGGUGGGCGAAGGCGGCUGCGCAGGAGAGCGAGAGAGCACAGGUAGAUAACUUGGAAGACCAAGCGAGGGUGAAGGGGUCUGCAUCUGAAGCCAUGAUUUAACUGUUAAGAUUUCAACAAGAAGAACUUAGGAUCCCUGGGAUUUCCACAUCAAAGAAAAGCUGCAAGCUUUCAGAAAGAGUUUCCCUUUGACGAUAAAGAAGAAUCUUCCAACCACAGGAGAGGCCUUGAUGCCCAGUGCUUAGCUGCACUCCCUAAAGUUGCAGAAUUAAGAAAAAUCUUCGAACCAAAGAGGAAAGAGUUUUUAGAAAUGAAAAGAAAAGAAAGAAUUGCUAGGCGCUUAGAAGGAAUAGAAAAUGACCCCCAGCCCAUCCUGUUGCAGAGCUGCACAGGGCUAGUGACUCAUCGGCUGCUGGAAGAAGACACACCCAGAUACAUGCGCGCCACAGACCCUGCGAGCCCUCAUACUGGGCGAUCCAAUGAAGAAGAAGACACUCCUGGGUCCUCCCUAGAAAAGCAAACGCCUUCUAAAUACUGCACAGAAACCUCAAGCAUCCAUAGUUCGGGCUCCAUGGACACCCACAGUCUGGAGUCCAAAGCAGAAAGGAUCGCAAGAUACAAAGCAGAGAGGAGGCGGCAGCUGGCGGAAAAGUACGGGCUGACCCUGGACCCUGAAGCCGACUCCGAACACUUGUCUCGAUAUGCCAAGUCUCGGAAGGACCCCGAUGCGACUGAGAGACGAGGAAAAAGUGACAAGCAAGAAGAACAGAGCAAGGAUGCCAGUUCACGCCACUCCCGGACAGAGUCAGGGCCUAGGACCAGCUUGGUGGUGUCCCAGGACUGUGCCUCGCUGGGAAGCAACAUGUCUGACCAGGAGCUGCUGCUCAAUAUGGAGAACCAACGAAGAGUCCAAGAGCCUCCACUAGGAGAUGGUUCCUCUGCCUUCUUUUCUGAGCGAAGCACUUCCUUCCCUGAAGUGCCCAGGUCUCCAAAGCAGAUACCCAGCUCACUGCUGCAGCAGCCAAUCUCCCCCAGCCACCCCGGUGACUCACCACUGCCCACAGAGGCCCGAGCCAGUACAGGGAAGCCCACACAUGAGUGGUUUCUGCAGAAAGAUUCUGAAGGCGAUACACCUUCACUUAUCAACUGGCCUUCCAGAGUUAAAGUUAGAGAAAAAUUGGUGAAAGAGGAGAGUGCUCGUAGCAGCCCUGAACUCACCUCAGAGUCCUUAACUCAGAGGAGACAGCAGCCACCACCAGCGCAUUUCCUGUCUAUCCAGUCAGAAAGUUCCGCCUUUGAUAGGGUCACCAGCAAAGCAGUGAGCUCACUGAGGCCAAGCCGGAGCGGUGUCCUGCCAACUGACCCUGUUCAUGCCAUCAAGCUGGUAACCAUGGAUACCCCAGAAAGUGUAUCUGAAAGCAGCUGGGUGGGGUCAGCCACUCCAAAAGUUAUAAAAUCUACUACUUUGAAGAUUCUAGAAGGUGGGUCAAGGGAUGCUCCCGUACUCCAUAUUUGUGAGUCAAAAGCAGAAGAUGUGCUCUCCCCUGAACCUCUGGAAAGGAGCCCCACAUCGGUUCUUACCUUGGAAGAUGACAGGCUUGUGAGAGGCCACAAAGACCCCUCUGGUAAUAAAGAUUUAGAUGAGGCCAUUGUUCGCUCGAUUGACAUAGAACCUGAGAGAGAGCGGCAACCUCAACACCCGCCCGCUCAGAGACCUGUCCGGAGUGAAAUGCUUCUGUAUGUUCAGAGUGAUCCUGUGUCCCAAGAUGCCACAUUGACCAGUCAUGCAAAGGAGGCAUCUCCAAAGAAGCGCAAGGUUCUGGCCCGCUCUCUGUCGGAUUAUACAGGUCCCCCUCAGCUCCAGACCCUCAGACACAAGGAUUCAGCCCCAAAGCAGGAGCUGGAGCUGCAGAGUUCCAGGGCAGAAGGGUCUGGUGCAGAAGCCAGCAUGCUGGACACCAGAGUCUCCGUCGCCCAGCUCCGAAAUGUAUUUAUGGAGUCGGCCAGAGCCAGCAAGAAACCUGAACUCCAAUCCCGGGUUGAGAGGUCAGCUGAAGGAAUUGGCUUGCCCAUGGAACGGGAGAGAGGGUCUCGGAAACCAAGACGCUAUGUUUCUCCUGGUGAAAGUAGAAAAACUUCUGAACGAUUUAGAACUCAACCUAUAACCUCAGCAGAGCGAAAGGAGUCGGAUAGGUACCCUUCUGCUUCAGAAAUGCCAGUGGUCGAGGAUGAAGAAAAGGUGGAUGAACGGGCCAGACUGAGCGUUGCUGCCAAGAGGCUGCUUUUCAGGGAAAUGGAGAAAUCCUUUGAUGAACACAGUGUCCCGAAGAGACAUUCGAGAAAUGCAGCCGUGGAACAGAGGCUGCGUCGCCUGCAGGACCGUUCACACACACAGCCCAUCACCACGGAGGAAGUGGUCAUUGCAGCCACGUUACAGGCAUCUGCUCACCAAAAGGCUUUAGCCAGGGACCAGGCAAAUGAGGGCAGAGAGUCUGCUGAACCAGGCGAACCUGAUUCUUCCACUCUGAGCUUAGCAGAGAAAUUGGCCUUGUUUAACAAAUUGUCCCAGCCGGUCUCCAAAGCCAUUUCCACCCGAAACAGAAUAGACGUUCGGCAGAGGAGGAUGAACGCAAGGUAUCAGACCCAGCCGGUCACGCUUGGAGAGGUGGAGCAGGUGCAGAGUGGGAAGCUCAUCUCCUUCUCCCCCACCGUGAACACCUCUGUCUCUACCAUGGCCUCUGCAGUUGCUCCCACAUAUGCAGGGGACCUUCGGAAGCCACCCAUAGACAACAGCACAAGUGCCACUGACUAUAAGUCUCCUAUGGAAAACUCAGACUCUCCAGUCAGAAGUAUUCUGAAACCACAAGCUUGGCGGCCUUUGGCAGAGCACAGUGGGAGCAAAGGAAUGCCGGGGGAGUCUGGAGAGACAGAAAGCAAGAAUGCUCUGACUGUGGCUGCAGAAGACAGUGGCGUUCAAACACGAGCAGCCUUCGAGGAGGAAGUGGAGCCCUCCUACCCAAUCCUUGGCAGAGUCAGGGAGGGUGAUGGCCAGAAGGAACCUAAGCAUGCCAUUCUAAGGAGAGGAAGCUUAGAGCUAGGUAAUCCUUCUGCUGCAUACCUUGGUGAUGAGCUGACGGAAUUCUCCACUGCUAAAAGCAGUUUGCAAGGGAAUCUGGACCUGAAGGAUAAACAGGCCUUGGAGGAGAGCGCAGAUGUGGAGAAUGUCAUGAGGAAGUUCUCACUCAAAGAGUUUGAAGAAACUGCUUCCGAGCAGCCAGAGGCGGCUGCUGGAAAAGCCUCUGUUCAGAUGGCAACCCCAGGGGCCUGGAAGCAGCAGGAGUCCUCUGAGCAACUAGCAGAGAAGCUCUUCAAGAACCCUUGUGCCAUGUUUGCUUCUGGAGAGGUCAAAGUGCCCAUGGGCGACAGUAUCCUGGAUUCACCCAGCAAAACCAUGUCAAUCAAAGAAAGGCUGGCACUGUUGAAGAAGAGUGGCGAGGAAGAUUGGAAGAACAGGCUGAUUCGGAAGCAGGAAUAUGGCAAAGCCACCGGCAGCCUGCAGGAGGUGGAGCAGUCCCUGAAGAAAAAGAGAGUCACAGAGAGUCGAGAGAGCCAGAUGACGAUUGAGGAGAGGAAGCAUCUCAUCACUGUGCGUGAGGAAGCGUGGAAGACCAAGGGCAGAGGCGCUGCCAACGACUCCACACAGUUCACCGUGGCAGGAAGAAUGGUGAAGAAAGGUCUGGCAUCACCCACAGCCAUAACCCCCAUCUCAUCCCCUCUCUGCAGUAAAUCAAGGGGCACUACCCCGGUUUCCAAACCUUUGGAAGAUAUUGAAGCCAGACCAGAUAUGCAGCUGGAAUCGGACCUGAAGUUAGACAGGCUGGAAACCUUCCUAAGGAGACUGAAUAACAAAGUUGCUGGGAUGCAGGAAACAGUUCUCACGGUCACUGGCAAAUCUGUCAAGGAGGUGAUGAAGUUGGAUGAUGAUGAAACCUUUGCCAAAUUCUACCGCAGCAUGGAUCACAGUAUACCCAGAAGUCCUGUGGAGCUGGAGGAGGACUUCGAUGUCAUUUUUGACCCUUAUGCUCCCAAGUUGAUAUCUUCCGUGGCAGAACAUAAGCGCUCAGUCAGGCCCAAGCGCCGGGUCCAGGCUUCCAAGAACCCUCUCAAACUGCUGGCAGCAAGAGAUGACCUCCUUCAGGAAUACACGGAGCAAAGGCUAAACAUUGCCUUCAUGGAGUCCAAGCGGAUGAAAGUGGAAAAGAUGUCAUCCAACUCCAACUUCUCAGAGGUGACGCUGGCAGGCCUAGCCAGUAGGGAGAACUUCAGCAGCAUCAACCUUCGGAGCGUCAACCUGAUGGAGCAAAACUCCAAUAACAGCGCCGUGCCCUACAAGAAGCUCAUGCUGCUGCAGAUUAAAGGAAGAAGACAUGUGCAGACAAGGCUGGUGGAACCUCGCGCCUCAUCACUCAACAGUGGGGACUGCUUCCUUCUGCUCUCUCCUCAGUACUGCUUCCUGUGGGUGGGGGAGUUCUCCAAUGUCAUCGAGAAAGCAAAGGCAUCUGAACUUGCAACAUUAAUUCAGACAAAGAGGGAGCUUGGUUGUAGAGCUACAUACAUCCAGACCAUUGAGGAAGGAAUUAACACACAUACUCAUGCAGCCAAAGACUUCUGGAAGCUCCUGGGUGGCCAGACCAGUUACCAGUCUGCCGGAGACCCAAAGGAAGAUGAACUGUACGAGACAGCCAUCAUAGAGACGAACUGUGUCUACCGCCUGACAGACGACAAGCUCGUUCCCGAUGAUGACUACUGGGGGAAGAUUCCCAAGUGUUCCCUUCUGCAGUCCAAAGAGGUUCUGGUGUUUGACUUUGGUAGUGAAGUUUACGUGUGGCAUGGGAAGGAAGUCACAUUAGCACAACGGAAAAUAGCAUUCCAGCUGGCUAAGCACUUAUGGAACGGAACCUUUGACUAUGAGAACUGUGACAUCAACCCCCUGGACCCCGGAGAGUGCAACUCGCUCAUUCCCAGGAAAGGACAAGGGCGGCCUGACUGGGCAAUAUUUGGAAGAGUUACUGAGCACAAUGAGACUAUUCUGUUCAAAGAGAAAUUCCUUGACUGGACAGAACUGAAGAGACCCACGGAGAAGAAUUCUGGGGAAGUUGUCCAGCAGAAGGAUGACCCCAGGGCUGACAUCAAGCCCUAUGAUGUGACACGGAUGGUGGCGACACCCCAGAUGACAGCCAGCACCAUCUUAGAUGGGGUGAACGUUGGCCGUGGCUAUGGGCUGGUGGAAGGAGACGACAGAAGACAGUUUGAGAUUGCCACCGUCUCUGUGGAUGUGUGGCAUAUUCUGGAAUUUGACUACAGCAGGCUCCCCAGGCAGAGCAUUGGACAGUUCCAUGAGGGGGACGCCUAUGUGGUCAAGUGGAAGUACAUGGCGAGCACAGCAGUGGGAAGCCGACAAAGGGGAGACCAUCCGGCAAGAGUGGCUGGCAAAGAGAAGUGUGUCUAUUUCUUCUGGCAAGGCCGGCACUCGACUGUGAGUGAGAAGGGAACGUCAGCCCUCAUGACAGUGGAACUGGAUGAAGAGAGGGGGGCCCAGGUCCAGGUCCUGCAGGGAAAGGAGCCGCCCUGCUUCCUUCAGUGUUUCCAGGGGGGAAUGGUGGUGCACUCCGGACGGAGGGAAGAGGAAGAAGAAAACGUGCAAAGUGAAUGGAGACUGUAUUGUGUGCGAGGAGAGGUGCCCAUGGAAGGGAACUUGCUAGAGGUGGCCUGUCACUGCAGCAGCCUGAGGUCCAGGACUUCCAUGGUUGUUCUGAAUAUAAACAAGGCCCUCAUUUACCUGUGGCACGGAUGCAAAGCUCAAGGCCAUACGAAGGAGGUUGGAAGGACUGCGGCAAAUAAGAUCAAGGAAGAAUGUCCCUUGGAAGCAGGCUUGCACAGCAGCAGCAACGUGACAAUACAUGAGUGUGACGAAGGAUCCGAGCCCCUGGGAUUCUGGGAUGCUCUGGGGAGGAGGGACAGGAAGGCCUAUGACUGCAUGCUUCAAGAUCCUGGAAGUUUUAACUUCGCGCCCCGCCUGUUCAUCCUCAGCAGUUCCUCCGGAGACUUCUCAGCUACAGAGUUCGUGUACCCCGCGCGAGCGCCCUCUGCCGUCAGCUCCAUGCCUUUCCUGCAGGAGGAUCUGUACAGCGCCCCGCAGCCUGCUCUCUUCCUUGUUGACAACCAUCAUGAGGUGUACCUCUGGCAAGGCUGGUGGCCCGCUGAAAACAAGAUAACCGGCUCUGCCCGCAUUCGCUGGGCCUCAGACAGGAAGAGCGCCAUGGAGACAGUCCUGCAGUACUGCCGAGGAAAGAAUCUCAAAAGGCCACCCCCCAAGUCUUACCUUAUCCAUGCUGGGCUAGAGCCCCUGACGUUCACCAACAUGUUUCCUAGCUGGGAACACAGAGAAGACAUUGCCGAAAUCACAGAAAUGGAUACUGAAGUUUCCAACCAGAUCACCCUGGUGGAAGAUGUCCUAGCCAAGCUCUGUAAAACCAUCUAUCCUCUGGCAGAUCUGCUUGCCAGGCCACUCCCAGAGGGGGUAGACCCUCUAAAGCUGGAGAUCUAUCUCACAGAUGAAGACUUCGAGUUUGCACUCGACAUGACCAGAGAUGAAUUCAACGCACUGCCCACCUGGAAGCAAGUGAACCUGAAGAAAGCGAAGGGACUGUUCUGAGGGUGAGAUGACAUGACGGAGCCACAGAGAGGUCAUUGCCACCAGACCAGAAAAUGGACAGAGAUAUAUAUUUGGACUGAUAUUUUUUCUGUCAAAGAAGAAAGUAUUUUUGAAUCAGAGUUUUUCAAAACCUGACCUUAUUAACUCUAUGGCUUGUCCUGGAGUUGAGCAUUCUGUAAAUGUAUAGGAGAACUUUUCAGAUUGUUCUUUUCCACAGUUCAGGUGAACUGUAAAGAAAAGCGUCUCUUCCGUUCCCCUCAGCCAAGUGCUGCCUCAGUGGCCGCUCAGCCCUGCCCUCCUGUUCAGGCUCAGUGUUGCCUUUUUUAAAGCAAUUCUCUUUAUAAAGUGUUAUUUUGAUAGUUUGUGAAUUCUAAAUAUAUAUAUAUUUAUAUAAACACCGUAUAAAUCAACUCUGUAUUUAACAAAGCAAUAUGUAUUCAUUCACUUGCAACUGUUUUCUUUGGUGUCAAAACAAUAUUACCAGGUAGAGGACUGUGUCGCUUCUGUUGAGUUAGGCCUGCCACCAGUCUGUCCCCUGCUCAGGAGUGCCUCCUUCAGCCUUAGGUCUGGCUUACGCUGAGUUCUGCUUCCGGUGCUAAAAUGAACAAAGACUUUGUACUUCCCGGUGUGAACUCUGAAGAAUCUAUUCGAAUCAACCUUUCUACCUUAAUGUCUCCCCCAGAAAUGUAUAGUGCCUUGUUUUAUGUACAGUUUAUAUACAGAAAAGUUUGCUCUGCUUUUUUGAUGCUGGUUUGGAACAUUACCUACAGUUUUAUUCUCGGUAGAAAUAAAAACAUCUCAAUUUCUCAUACCCAGUGUAAACAUUACACAUGUCAUUUGUGACACAGGAUCCCCAAAUAAAAUUUCAGAGUAAUCACAAUUCA